AUGGAGUUACCGACAACCAAGGCGGUGAUGAAGUUGCAUUCCUCUGGAAUCAACGAUACCUAUCCUUGUCGUUAUUUGACAUUCACUGCCUUCUCCCCCGAAUUUGUCGUGGGUCGGGCUUCUAAUCGUCAGACAAAGAACCUGACCCCCGCACUCGACAAUGCGUUCUACGAAUCUCGAGUGAUGUCCCGGAAUCAUGCGACCCUCUGGGCGGGCUUGGACGAGAAGAAAAUCUACAUCCGUGAUGGCGGCUCCAUGCACGGGACAUGGUUGAAUGGUGAAAAGGUCCCCGGGGACAAGGACACUGCCAUUCACGACGGCGACUUGGUGACCUUUGGGGCCCAGGUGAUCCGUGGAACUGAGACAUUCUCGCCGCUGAAGGUUCGGUGUGAAUGCGAGUGGCCAGGACCUGGGUUAGUGUCCUGCAAUUUGAGUAACCUCGAAGCCUCUGACAUGAUGAGCAGGGACUCGACCUUCCCAAGAAGACAGUCAGAUAACACUUUUGUCGUCCCUGAUGAUGACGAUGAUAACGAAUUCCAAAUUACCCACCCGAAUGGUUCAGCUUUCUCCCCGAUAGAUGCCAAUUCCGAAGCUGGAGACUCGGAAUCCUCGGGCUCCAGUGGCCUCUCGCCCCACGAGCUUGAAUCGCUGGUUACGUCGCCGUGGAAGAACGAUUCGUCGUCGAUCGUGAUUGGAGAUAAUGACGAGGCCACGAAAGGCGAUGCACUCACUAAUGGCCAAUCCCUUCAUAUGGACGGUGCUGGCAUCGGCAACUCGGAGCUUAGCCCUAUUGACCUGGACGGCGACCGACCGCUUGCAACCCCCAGGAUGACCCCACCGUCUGUAGUGGUCAAGGAUGGGGAGCCAGUCCGCCUUUUGGCCCACCAACUCGGCGAUUUUAUGGAUCAGGGGUCUGUCAUGUUCGACUCCGAUGCCGAAAGCUCGGAAAGCAAGUCCGAUCUCGGCGAGGUCGAAGACUACUCGGACGACGACUCUAUUUCGGAAUCUUCCUCUGGAUCGGAAGCCGAAGAGUCAAAGAUGGACCACGAACCAGCAAAGGCGAGCAGCCCUCAGCCACGAGUGUGGUACCCACCGCUUGUUGGCAACCCAUGGCUUUAUGAAGGCAAAGCGCACGGUGUCAACUCUGCGUCCAACGACAACCAUGGUCAGAAAAUUCCAGACGUCAAGCUCAAUCCCAUAAUCGGCGGGUUUGAACCGUCUAACACUACAGGGGCCCCGUCUGGAUGCAAACUAGCACCGUUCCAACCCAGGCUCGGCCACUGCUUCACCAACUUUGCUGUCUCGUCGGCACCAGAGGACUGGUCACCUCAGGAGGACUCAAGGCAGCCGCUCGCCCACGGGGUCACUUCGUUGAGCCCUGUCAGGAACCUCCCGCUUUAUCAUGAUGGUCCUUUUGUCAACGCCCACGUGCCCAACUUAGAGGACGUUGCUGGUUCGGAUGCCAGAGAGAGUGCCCUCAAUCGAAUUGAUGACGCGCCACAUGCGGAAAACAAUGUUGAUGUGGCGGACGUGCGUGAGAAGAACAGCUCCGCCCGGGCAACAAACAACACCCGAGUGUCAAUCUCCGAUAUCAUUGAAGCAUCAUCUGUUGCCCACGACACCACUCAGAAUCCGCCUCGGAAGAGAAAGGCUCUGGAUAUGGAAAUCGAUUCUCUGGUGUGCGAUAUGGCUACAGGCAAGCAUCGCGCUUUCUCUGCCGGGCCUUCUCUAUGUGCGGAACAUCCGGUGACGUCGUCGACCAACGACGAUUCCUAUCUUCCCGACGCCCAGCCCCAAGAAGGAGUACCGCACUUGGAGACGCGCUCUGAAAUCAUCGACGGCUUGGCAUCUUUGAACGGAACUCAAACAAGCAAUAGCGUCAGCUCACCGAUCUCAGCCCCUGUGUCUGGCCCUGAUCGCGAACGGCCAUCCAAACGACCGAGAACCUCGCCUCAAACUAUCCGGAGCCAUGCAGCCUCUGCCGCUGUUGGCGCCAUUGUGGGUGCCGUGGGCAUGGUUGCGGCUCUGGCCGCACUGCCCGCCGAUUAUUUUCAAUGA